AUCGCGGACACCGACCGGGAGGCCCCAGCAGGAAUCAUCUGGUCUGGAUCAGCAUAGAAAUGGAUGGAUCUGCUUCUGAAAUGCGGCCCCCUGUGGGGUGUAACAGAAAGAGCCCUGAGAGUGUCCUGAUGGAGAGAGCAGACUCCCCUGUACCCAGCUGUGUUUCCCUGAAGAGUGACGCGUCAAUGGACCCCCCACUCGACUUCAGAGAGGGACCUUUUCCUACAGAUCAAAGAGACCAAAUGGAAGAUUGCAGUUCAGAUCUACAUGAUAAAUCGGGUUUAUCAUCCAUAUUGAAGUCACUAGAGGUAAAAGCCAUGAAGUUCCUAAAGGAGGAACUGAAGACGUUUGUGAGGCACCUAGAUCAGAAUUACCCAGAAUGCUCUGAGCCUCAGCUGGAGGAGGACAAUGACCUGGACUGUGAUGGUCAGAUGCAGAAGACCAGUGUUAGAGAGGUAGCUCUGAAGAUCACAGUGUACAUCCUGAGGAUCAUGAAACAUAAUGAUCUUGCUGACCUGCUGUACAAGAGACAGCUCAUGCUACAGGAAUUCAAAGGUAAACUUAAGAAGCAAUUUGCGUGUGUAUUUGAAGGGAAAGCUAAGGAAGGACAGCCAACACUUCUCAGUGAGAUUUACACAGAACUCUACAUAACUGAAGGUGGGACUGGAGCAGUCAAUGAUGAACAUGAAGUGAGACAGAUUGAAACAGCAUCCAAGAAAAGGCGAACAGAAGAUACUACAGUCAAGUGCAAUGAUAUAUUUAAACCCUUAUGUGGGCGUGAGACACCUAUCAGAACUGUACUCACUAAAGGGGUGGCAGGUAUCGGAAAAACAGUCUCUGUGCAGAAAUUUAUUCUCGACUGGGCAGAAGGAAAAGCAAACCAGGAUGUUCACUUCAUAUUUGCUCUUCCUUUCCGGGACCUGAAUUUGAUUAAGGGUGAAUACAGUCUCAUUGAACUGCUUUGCCACUUUGUCCCAGAACUGAAAUCUCUUGAAUCCACUGAGCUGUUUAUGUACAAAAUCUUGUUCAUCUUUGAUGGUCUGGACGAGUGUCGCCUUCCUUUCGAUUUUCAGAACAAUGAGAGCUGGUUUGAUGUAACAAAGAAAACGUCACUGGAUGUGCUGUUGACUAACCUCAUUAAGGGGAAUCUGCUCCCAUCCGCUCUCCUCUGGAUAACCUCCCGGCCAGCAGCAGCCAAUCAGAUACCUCCUGAGUGUGUCCACCAGGUGACAGAGAUACGAGGGUUCAGUGAUGCCCAGAAGGAGGAGUAUUUCAGAAGGAGAUUUAGGGAUCAGAGCCUGGCCAGCAGGAUUAUCACACAUGUGAAAUCAUCAAGGAGCCUCUUCAUCAUGUGCCACAUACCUGUGUUCUGCUGGAUUUCAGCCACUGUGCUUAAGAGGCUUUUUAGUGAGACUGACAGGGGAGAAAUUCCAAGGACUCUGACUGAAAUGUACACACACUUCCUGAUCUUUCAGACAAGUUUAAAAAAUGACAAGUAUAUGAAAAAACAAGAAACUAAGCUUAAAGAAUACAGCAAGGAAUUCCUUUUAAAACUUGGUAAACUUGCUUUUGCCAACCUUGAGAAAGGCAAUCUCAUAUUUUAUGAGCAAGAUCUGACAGGGAAUGGCAUUGAUGUCACUGAAACUUCAAUUUACUCUGGAGUGUGCACAGAAGUCUUUAAAGAGGAGUAUGGGUUGUACCAGGAGAAGGUGUACUGCUUUGUGCAUCUGAGCAUCCAGGAGUAUCUCGCUGCUUUAUAUGUGUUUCUGUCAAACUCAUCAGCUGACCUGCUGAAGACUGCAGUGAAUCAGGCAUUAGAGAGCAAGAAUGGACACUUGGACCUCUACCUCCGCUUCCUCCUGGGCCUCUCAACAGACUCCAGUAAGACUCUGUUACAAAGGCUACUGGGGCCAACAGAAACCUGCUCACAAACCAUUAAGGAAACAGCCCAAUACAUCAAGGAGAAAAUACAGGAGAAUUUAUCUCCAGAAAGGACCAUCAACCUGUUCCACUGUCUGACUGAACUGGGUGACAAUUCUCUAGUAAAGUCAGUACAAAGAUACCUGAAUUCAGGAAACAUUUCAGCAGAUCACCUCUCACCUGCACAGUAUUCAGCUCUGGCCUUUGUGAUGCUGAUGUCAGAUGAGGAGCUGGAUGUGUUUGAUCUGAGGAAAUACAUCAGACGAGAUAAACAGCACUGCAGGCUGCUGCCUGUGGUCAAGAACUCCAGGACGGCUCUGCUGAACAGUUGUGAACUCACAGAGAAAUGCUGUGAGGCACUGGCUUCAGCUCUCAGAUCAAACUCCUCACCCCUGAGAGAGCUGGACCUGAGUGACAAUGACCUGCAGGACUCAGGAGUGAAGCUGCUCUCUGCUGGACUGGGGGACUUACACUGUAAACUGGAGAUACUGAGACUGUCAGGCUGUAGAGUCACAGAAGAAGGCUGUUCUUCCCUGGCUUCAGCUCUGAGGUCAAACCCCUCACACCUGAGAGAGCUGGACCUGAGCUACAAUCACCCAGGAGACUCAGGAGUGAAGCUGCUCUCUGCUGUACUGGAGGAUCCCAACUGUAAACUGGAGAAGCUGCAUGUGGAUCACGGUGGAGAGUGCAGGACCAGACCAGGCUUACAGAAAUACUCCUGCCAGCUGACGCUGGACCCCAACACAGCAAACAGAUUCCUGUCUCUGUCAGGGGGGAACAGGAAGGUGACAGGGGGGGCAGAGCAGCCAUAUCCUGAUCAUCCAGAGAGAUUUGACAGCUGGGAACAAGUUCUGUGCAGAGAGAGUCUGACUGGCCGCUGUUACUGGGAGGCUGAGUGGGAUGGAGAUGGAGCCUGGAUAGGAGUGACUUAUAAAGGGAUCAGGAGGAAAGGAGGGAGUGACUGUGGGCUUGGAUACAAUGACAAGUCAUGGAGUCUGUACUGUAAUACUGACAGUUACUCUGUCUGGCACAAUAAGAAACAGACUCUCAUACCCAUACGGCCCUCAGGCUCCCGCAGAGUAGGAGUGUAUCUGGACUGGGGGGCUGGUGCUCUGUCCUUCUACAGAGUCUCCUCUGAUGGACUGACCCCCCUGCACAGAUUCACCUCCUCAUUCACUGAGUCCCUCUAUCCAGGGUUUGAGGUUUAUAGAAACUCCUCAUUGUCACUGUGACGUGUUGCUGGUUCUCCUGGCAAAAAGGUAAAAUCUCUGCUUUUUAACCUUUAUUAUCCUUUUUAGUCUGAAAUGUACAGAACUGUGCAAAAGUCUUAGGCAGGCAAAGAAAAUGAUGUUUAGAUUAUCCUCCUGUUGGUGUAAAACUAUGAUAUGAUGCCUGUCAAAGUGUGUCAGCUUCGCCAUUUCAGAACCUCUGCUAAAAUCAUCCCAGUAUUUGCAGCGACCGUCCAGUGCAGCCAUGUGUUUUUUGACUUGACCACUAGCAGACCUCAUACAGCUAGUCAAUCUCUCACUGACUUUUUAAACCAAUAUAUUAAAUUAUUUAAUUGAGCUGUUGGUGAAAUUUAACAAAAUCAUGGAACGGCUGAGGUGCCCCUGAGGAGAAGUUUGGGAACUGAAGCGGUGUUCAUCUAGCCGUCCAACUAGAUAUCAGUAACUUUUUAGGAAACAGAAGAACUUAUUACUAGUUUUUAUUGUGUUACUUUUAAUUUGCAGACGUUCUAAUGUUAAAAUGUGUAUUUUGUUCUAAGCCAAAGUACACUUGCUACCCAGAUAAACAGCUUUAAACAUUUCUUUGGACGGCCUAAGACUUUUGCACAGUACUGUGUGUUUUACAAAAAAUAAAUGACUGUGUUCAGUGAGCUGAAUAACAUCAAAAAUAUUGUUUUUUUUAUACGUUUUCUCUCUGACUAAAAUGUAAUUAA